UAGACAUGUCAGAUGUAGAAUGUUAAUAACAUAAAAAUUGUGUAUCGACAGACGAUUUUUUUCACACGUUUUUUUCACAAGGAAAAAAUUUUUUAGAUUUGAUUUCCACGAUUUACGCGUCAUCCCAGUUUUAACUAUAGAAGAAUUUGUGACCAAGUGACCGAGCACAAGUGAAAAUGCCCGAGCAAGGCAAGAAAAUCUCCGAUUUGCGCGUGUGCGACCUCAAAGACCAACUGGAGCAGCGCCAGCUGGAGACUGUGGGCCCGAAGGCGGUGCUAAUUGAUCGUUUGGAAAAGGCUCUUAAGGAAGAGGGGGUAGACCCGACCACCUACUUGGUAAUUCCGGGUGCCAAGCCCAAGAAACCCAUACCGAUGCCCAUCAAGGAGGCCCAAAGCGAGGUGGUCAUUAAAGAGGAACCCAUCGAUGUAGAUGAGGAGCCGCAGGGCCAGGAGUCUGAGAACGGCAACGAUUUCUCGCAUCACGAAGAUGAUGACGGGCAUGAGAUUGACCAAGUGGGGGAUGUGGAUGAUGAGUGCGUUAUCCUCGAUGACGAUGACGAGGAGGACGAGGAGUAUGACGAUGAGCAACAGAAUGGAGACGGUGAUGGGGAGGCCGAAGGCGAUAAUCCGGAUGAUACCGAGAACAAUGGCAAUGAAGCCGAGGCCGGCAACGAAAUCCAGGGCGAGGAGGAGAACACCGGCGACACCGGUAACAUGGACAACGACGAGUCCAUCAAUCUGACAAUUGGUGAGGAUGAGCAGAAACUGCUGCAUGAUGAGGCUCCCGAUGACAAGUCUAUUAAGUCUGUUAAGCCGGCUAACAAAUCAGAUAAAUCUAACUCGAAUGCCGAGAAGAAGGGUGACGAGGGCGCACGCUCUAAGAAGAAGGAUGAGAAAUCAUCUGAUAAAAAAGACACCAGCGAUCAAAAGUUGUCUGGAAAAUCAUUAAACCAGAAGGAUGAUAAAGAAAAAUCAUCGACAGCAGCAGCUGGUGCCGCAUCCUCCGCAGCUACGAGUACCGCUGGCAGCAAGUCAGGUUCAGGAUCGGGCCCAGGAUCGGGCACUGGCAAUGGUGCCAAUGGCGCCAACUCCUCAAACAACAAGCAGGCAACGCUGUCGCGCAAUCUCUGGGUCUCCGGCCUAUCCACUCUGACCCGUGCCAGUGACCUCAAGGCGAUCUUUUCCAAGUUCGGCAAGGUGAUCGGCGCCAAGGUGGUCACCAAUACGCGUACGCCCGGCACUCGGUGCUACGGCUACGUGACUAUGUCUUCGUCCGGGGAUGCUUCGCGGUGCAUUGAAAAUCUCCACCGCACCGAGCUGCAUGGACGCAUCAUUUCGGUGGAACGCACCAAGAACGAGAUCGGCGGCAGCACCAACUCAAAGGAGGGUAAGGCCAAGAACGACGCUGCAAACAACAACAACAAGAAGAAGGAGGACGACGGCGGCAAGAAGUCCGGAAAUGGCAAGGGCUCCAGCAACAGCGGUGGCGACGACAAGAAGAGCGGCGAAGGAAACGGUGACACUAAAUCCAACAGCAGCGAGUCCAAGCGCGACGGCAAGGAUGGCGGCAACAGGGAGCGCAAUCAGCGUCGGAAUGAUGACAGAGGCAAGUCGGCCGCCAGUCAGGAUAGGCGCCACGAUCGAGAGCGUUCCGGUACUGGAGGCCACAAGGGACAAGGCAACCAGGAUCAUCGUUCGGGCCGCAAUCCUCGUGAUGUCGAUCGCGAGAUCUCGCAGCGUCAACGGGAACGUGAUCGCCGCCAGCGUGAAAUGCUGUCCUACCAGAAGAUACGUGAGGAGCGCGAGCGGCAGCGCAUCCGUGAGCGGGAGCGCGAGCUGCGCGAGGAGGAGCGCCGUCGCCGAGAGGCCCGCGAGCGGCAACGUAUCGAGGAGGAGCGCCUGGCCGAGGAGCGGCGCAAGCUGGCUGUCGAGCGGGAGCGCCUUGAGCGCGAGAAGGCUGAACUGCUGCGCAUGGAGCGGGAGCGCCAGAAGCUGGAGCGCGAGAAAAUCGAGCUGGAACGCCUCGAGCUGAAGCGUCAACAGAUGAAGAUUAUGGAAUCUCGCGAUGAUCCUGUCAAGCGCGUAGUAAGCAAACGCACCGACGACCGCUACGGAGAUGUUUCCGAUCGCAAGCGUACGGCUAUCUUUGAUGCCCCACCACCACCUCGAUUCGAUACAAAUCUAGUCAGCUCUCGCAGCACCUAUGACAAGAAACAUGAUGACUAUGGCUCCUCGUCGAGCACUAAACGCGUUUUAGAUGACUAUUCAAGCUCUAAUAAACGCAUGGACUACAACAAGCGCAACGACUAUGUCACCUCGUCCGGUUCCAAGCGUAACGCUGUAGACGACUACUCGUCAUUGCCCAGCAAGCGCUCGAGUGGCAACGACUAUAAUGUCUCCAGCUCCAAGCAUGACUACUCUUCGUCCAGCAAGCGCGACGAUUACAAGCGUGACGUAGAUGUGCGUCACUUGCCACUAGGCGGAACCGUUGGAGGCUCCAGCAGCUCGUAUCUGCACAAAAAUAGCACUGGCACUGGCUCCUACGUCAACAAGAACAACUCGAGCAGCGGUGGACGCUAUAACGAUUCGGAUCGCAACAACACCUCGAACUACCGACGCGACGAAUCGCAGAGCCUGGGCAACAAACGUUAUGACAACUCCAACUCUGGAGGCUACGGCAGCAGCUCGAACAACGUUAACAUCUGGGCCCCCUCAUCUGGAGGCGGUAGCUCCCAUUUAGGUAGCAGCGGUGGUAGCGGUAACCAGAUGAAGUCCUACAGCAACAAUGGUAUGUCCUCGAAUAUGCAUAGCAACAAUUCUUGGCAGAAGUCUGCACCCGUAGAGGAUAACACCUGGCGUCAGGGACCAGUUCAGGGUCGCUUCGAUCGGGGCUACAACGAUCGUUCGACCGGCUAUCAGGGCAACAGCAGCGGCGGAGGUGGAGGUGCGGGCGGUGGCAUGUACGGCGCCAGCCGUCCCGCUCAAGAUCGCUACAGCGGACAGGUGUCGCGCUACUAAGCGGGCAACGUGCAUUUUACAAGAGGCAACCACCCAGCAAAUCAAGCAUCCCAGCACCCACAGAAUGACCCUUCCCACAGCGCCAAUGGAGCGUUGCUUCUACUUUAGUUCGCUUUAGUUAUAGUCUAUAAGCUUCUACAUUUGGAUAAAUAAAUGUAUUAUCAAUAAAAGCGCAUGACAAACAUGCAAAUAAUCACACCUCUUUGGUGUUA